GAUGCUCGACCUGAGGGUGAGCGCCACUUUUGGACCGGAACCCGUGCCGUUCAAGGUCACAAAGAGCGGGAGGCGGUCUCACCUACCCCGGCCGAAGCCUUGGCUUUGGAGGCCAAGAUGGCCACAUUGGGUGGGGAAGGCGGAUCGGAUGCCUUCUCCUCCACCCGACACGUGUUUAAUACACCGGCGAGGAGCUCAACCUUCAAAAUGAAUUUUUGGAGUAGGGAUGAUGCCCCAGUCAUACGCCCAGUUCUGCAGCCCGAACUUUAUAAAUCGGCGACCAUUCCAGUCGGGUUAAACCCGAGACGUCCGCAGUUUUUUGACGGCUACGGAGGCGAAGCUUGCGAAAAAAUCACGAAGCUUAAUCGACGCUCUUUCGCUCAAUGGAUCGGAUCGGCGGUGGCUGUAGUAGCCGGUGGUGGGGCAGUUUUUGCCAUGUUAUGGUACAUUAAAGGCCAGAAGAAAAACAAUGCACCUUUAAAAUAAUGGGCGAAUUUUGGUAACACGCGAGCCUCCAUUCAUCCAGUAGAAACCUUUAAUGCAGUGAGAAGGAAGUAUAUCUCAAUCCUAAAAACUAGACUCCGACAAAAUAUGUUGUGUUCACGUUCAGCAGAAAUAGCAGAAGUCUAGCGGUUCGGAUGGGCCAACGGAGGCAUUGGGAAGAAAAGCGGCUAGUUCAAACAUCUUAAAACUCUGCUUAACAUACGAACAUCAUUUUUUUCGGAGUCUACUGAUGACCAAUUAAACCGAAUUGCUAAAUCUUG